AUGGGUUACUUUCAUAGGGACCCAGUAGCUUCUUUAUCUGAGAAACUUCUAGCUAAGGAAGUGGUUGAAUCCUCGUUUCAAGCUAAGAAAUCCGAGCCAUUUUUGGAACACCAAAUCCUUGUUCCUGUUGUGCAACAUAGUAUGAAGAUUGAGGACCACCAUAGUUGCAGGAGCAAUGGAAGUGCCGUGCUGGACGAGGACGGUCCUCAUCUCUUAGACAGUGGGGAUUCGUACCUCCUGAGCAAUGACUAUAAUGGCUGUGUUUUGCCCGUUUUUGGAAUGAACUCGGAGGAGGAGGAUGGAAGUGAUGAUGGUCAGGGUUACUUCUCAGCCGUUUAUACAACAGACGAUCAGCAGACUCAUGAGGUAGAGCCUUUGACCUGGUGGGACUGGACGUCGUAA